AUGUUUGGAGCUUUGUGGAUCCUGGUUUACAACAAGGAGCUGAUGAAGUUGCUCGUAGAAGGGACCAGUUGGCACUUUCACAAAUUCAUCAAGGAAAUUGAUUACUCAAUAUUUGGCAAAAUAGCAAAUGCCAAAACUGCUAAAGAAGCGUGGGACAUAUUGAAGCUGUCACAUAAAGGAGUAGAGAAAGCUCAGAAGUCCAAAUUACAAUCGUUGCGUAGAGAAUAUGAAAGGUACGAAAUGUCAAAUUCAGAAACAGUAGAACAAUAUUUUUCUCGUGUUAUAAAUCUCGUCAACAAGAUGCGAGUAUAUGGAGAAGAUAUUCCAGAUAGCAAAGUGGUAGAAAAAAUUCUACGUACGAUGCCGAUGAAGUUUGACCAUGUGGUGACUACAAUAAUUGAGUCCCACGAUACAGAUACUCUGCCUGUAGCAGAAUUACAGGGAAGCAUUGAAAGUCAUGUCAACAGAAUAUUAGAAAAGACCAAAAAAGUGGUAAAAGAAGAAGCUCUAAAGAGUCAGGUAAAUUUCAACAACACUUCUGAGUCAAGAUAUAUUGUAGAAGAAAAAGGUCAAAAUACUUUCAACAGAGGAAGAGGAAAUUAUAGAGGCAGAGGCCGAGGAAAUUGUGGAGGAAGAGGGCAUGGCAACUUUAACCAAUGGAGAGACAAUAAUUUCAAUUCAUCCAAUCAAGGAAGAGGUGGAAAUAAUUUUGGAUACAACAAUCGUGGUCGAGGAAACAAUUUUGGAUUUAACAAUCGUGGUCGAGGAAGAGGUAACUACAACCAAGAAAGGACGAAUUAUAGUUGUUAUCACUGUGGAAAGUUUGGACACAAAGCAGCUGAUUGCAGAUACAAACAUCAGGCAAAUGUGGCAGAAAGUUCGUAUCAAAAUACAGGCGAGUACUUUGAAAAUCCACAAAAUUUAUUUUUGGCCAGUAAUACAUUCUCUAAGGAAGAGGAUAUUUAG